AUGCCCUCAUAUGUUAAAUUUCUCAAAGAAAUCCUAUCAAAUAAAAAAAAGAUAGAAGACAAUGAGACCGUAACACUCACUGCCGAAUGUAGUGCGUUAAUUCAAAAUAAAAUGCCACCUAAGCUGAAAGACCCAGGGAGUUUCUCCAUACCUUGCAACAUAGGAAAAUUUGUCAUAGACAAAGCUCUGUGCGACUUAGGAGCUAGUAUUAGCCUAAUGCCUUUGUCCAUUUGCGAGAAGCUUAACAUGGGAGAGCUAAGACCAACCAAGAUGUCAGUACAACUUGCAUACCGUUCCAUUAAGUAUCCUGUAGGUGUUCUUGAAAACAUACCCGUCUGCAUCGGACAAUUUUACAUCCCUACGGAUUUCAUAAUUAUGGACAUAAAGGAAGACGUCAAUACCCCUAUAAUCUUAGGAAGACCAUUUCUGGCCACCGCUGGAGCUAUUAUAGACGUAAAGAAAGGCAAGUUGACAUUCGAAGUAGGUGAGGAGAAGGUCGAAUUUAUUCUAACACAAUUCCUUCAAGCCCCAGCUAUAGAAGAUACAUGCUAUCUGGUGGACGUUAUUGAUGAAUGUAUAAGAGAGAUAGGAUUAUCAGAAGAAUCUUACUCUGACGUUAUAAAGAUUCUGAUGCCCCUGAUUUUCGAAGAUGACAAUUGGCGUUCGGAGUAUCGAGACGAUAACUUAAGAGAAUGCUUAGCUUUAACACCCAACCAUAUGCCUUGCCCUAAGAAACCAACCUUGGACCUUAAACCAUUACCCAAGACUCUUAGAUAUGAAUUCCUAGACAACGAGCUCAAAAGACCAGUAAUAGUCAACGCAAAGUUAGGUGGAACAGAGAUUGAAAAACUGUUACAAGUGUUAAGAAAAUACCCAUCUGCGUUAGGAUAUAACAUUGCCGAUCUAAAAGGAAUAAGUCCUUCCAUAUACAACAUCAUGGAAGUCUUUAUGGACGACUUCUCUGUAUGUGGGGAGGAUUUUGAGGGAUGCCUUUCAAAUCUAGAAAAAGUAUUGGACAGAUGUGUACAAGUUAACCUCGUCCUAAACUGGGAGAAGUGUCAUUUUAUGGUUAAACAAGGAAUAGUACUCGGACAUGUGGUCUCCGAAAGAGGGAUUGAAGUCGAUAAAGCAAAGAUCGAAGUUAUAGAGAACCUUUAA